CUAAAGUUUUAAACAGUCGGAGUCAUUAUUUAUCUAUCUUCAAUUUGUCUGCUUUAGAGACCUGUGGUAGUCGGUUGAUUGAAGAACAGUGUACGCUUUUCGUCAUUUGACAAUUGACGUUUAAGGGGGGAUAGAGUGUCAAACACAAGACUUUCUUCUUCUUCCUUGAUGCCCACGAACUGGUUUUACCCCUUUUAAUGUAAAGUGAAGAGAAGGAAACACUGGUCAAAAGCCAAGAAAGUCUCAUCUUUUCUUAUACGUUUUUUUUGUGGGUUUUUUUAUGCAAAAGCAUUUUUCAGUUCUCCCACUAAGUUUCAGGCUGUUUUUUAGCAGCAAAAUGAUGCAUUGUGGUUAGUUGCCAUGAAAAUGCAAGAAGACAAGUUUAAUUUUGGAAUGUAAUCAAGGGUCUCUGAGUCUGAGAACCCAUUUGUUCUUUUUCUUCUCUCAAGUUUCAUCUCUGGGGUUCCCUUGUUUUUUUUUCCUCCCUCUCUUUUGGAGCCUAAUUGUUAUGGGGUUUCAAGGCAACGGUGAAAGUGAAAUGCUUUGCCCGAAAGUGACAUCUUCAAGACACAAGCGUUCCAAGGGCUUUCCUGAUGAGCAAAGAGAUGAAGAAGAUGACUUGGAUAAUUCUCUUGAAGAAUCAAAUCGUGUGAAGCUGGACAUGAGGCACUUGAAGAACUCUGUCAAAACCCAGAAGCAAUCUCCCACCCCAAGCUCUGAGGUACAAAGCUCUUUGAAGCAAGAGAUUUUGCAGCUUGAGAAAAGAUUAAAAGAUCAAUUCGAGAUUCGUCGUGCUGUAGAAAAAGCAUUGGAUUAUAGAGCUUCCUCUCAUGAAGAUACAAAUGAAACAUCAGUGUCCAUGUCUAAACCGGCUACGGAAUUAAUAAAGGAAAUUGCUGUUAUGGAAUUGGAAGUUAUAUAUUUGGAGCAGUACCUUCUCUCCUUGUAUAGGAAAGCCUUUGAUCUAAAAGUGUCUUCAAUUUCACCAUAUAAAAGGGUUGAAAGGUUAAAAAAACCAGUAAAUACUUUGAGAGGGAGAUGUUUGGAGUUCUCGGGACCUGAUGCAUCAAAACAUGAAAAUUCAACUAUGCAGUGUGGUUACGGUGAGAACUCAUGGAAGGAGCCUAUUGGCAUUGUAGGAGAAAAACUAUUAGAUUCUGGCGUUUAUCGCUGUCAUUCCACUCUAUCACAGCACUCAGUAUUUCCUAGUUGGACAUCACCUCUGGAUGAGUCUUUGGCUGAUAGAGCUGUACGUGCCUGUCAUUCACAACCUUUGUCCAUGGUGGAGUAUGCUCAGAAUGCAUCGAAUAUAAUCAGUCUGGCCGAGUAUCUUGGCACUCAAAUAUCUGAUCAUGUCCCAGACACACCAAACGAGCUUUCGGAGGAUAUGAUCAAGUGUAUGUCUGUUAUAUAUUGCAAGCUUGCAGACCCACCGUUGAUCCAAAACAGCAGUUCAUCUCCCAAUUCAUCCAUGUCAUCAGCUAGUGUUUUUUCCCCAAAAGAUCAGCAUGACAUGUGGAGUCCAGGGUUCAGAAAUAAUUCAUCUUUCGACGUACGGUUAGAUAACCCUUUCCACAUCAAAGGACUCAAAGAGUUUUGCGGACCAUAUAGCACAAUGCUUGAAGUGCAAUGGAUUUUAAGGGAUAAUAAAAAGAUGGCUGAUGUUGAAAACUUGCUACAAAAUUUCAGGUCUCUUAUCUGUCGACUGGAAGAAGUUAAUCCAAGGAAGUUGAGACAUGAAGAGAAGCUAGCGUUCUGGAUAAACAUACACAAUUCAUUAGUGAUGCAUGCAUUUCUGGCUUAUGGUAUUCCACAAAAUAAUGUGAAGAUAUUCUUUCUACUAUACAGGCUUGCAUAUAACAUUGGGGGUCACACCAUUAGUGCAGAUAUAAUACAGAGUUCCAUCCUUGGGUGUCGUAUGUCUCGUCCUGGACAGUGGCUUCGGUUAUUAAUUUCUUCGAGGAAAAAGUUUAAAACUGGAGACAGAAGGCAGGCAUAUGCAAUUGAACAUCCAGAACCACUUCUACACUUUGCUCUCUGUUCGGGAAACCAUUCCGAUCCUGCAGUCCGUGCCUUUACACCGAAGAAAGUAUUUCAAGAGCUGGAAACUGCAAAACAGGAGUACAUCAGAGCCUCAUUUGGUGUCCGCAAAGACCUGAAAAUUCUGUUACCAAAGAUCGUAGAAUCAUUUGCAAAGGACUCAAGUUUAUGUCCAGCUGGUCUCAUUGAAAUGCUCCAACAAUCUUUGCCUGAAACCCUUCAUAAGAGCAUCAGAAAAUGUCCGGUAAACAAAUCCCGCAAGAGCAUCGAGUGGAUUCCUCACAAUUUCACCUUCGGGUAUCUAAUAUCUAAAGAACUAGUAAGAUGAUUGCUUGUAUGCUGAUGAAAUAGGCUAUUUCCAUUUUGUAAGAUUUCACAUUUUUCUCUGUACAAAGUAGAAAUAGGGUAUAUUUUGUAACGUAAUUGUUAUUAUGCUGUGUUAUGCAAUGUGCAAUUGUG